CACCACCCCAUCGGAACUCCCAUCCUCUGCCACACAGCAACACACAUCCUUUCAUUGCCAUCGGUGUUUUUUCUCCCACGGCAAGGUUCUACCUUCUACAUCUCUUUUAUCUACCACAAUAUUUCUAAGGCUCAUCUUCUCAUUCACUAUCGUCACAAAUAAAAAAAAAAUCUCCUUCACCCUCAGAUCAAAUGAUCGCGUCUCCUAGAUGACCUUCCCUCCCCCUCCUCCCUCCUCCCAAUCGUCGAUUGCUUCUGGCACCGAUAAAUCUUCUUCGACUAGACCUCUAAGGUCACAGCAGUCUGCUUGGGGCCCUCCCCUGUCCCAGUCUAGUGUUCGUCGGGGGUUGACACCGCUUGCGACCAACGUCUCUUCAGCCCCAAACCCCUCUGUCAUUUCCCGGGGGCUGCCUCAACCCAAUAGCCCUGGCCCCGGUGGUUCAAUAUCAUCCCCUCUCACAUCAUCCUUCUCUGCCAUUCUGAGCUCUUCAAGGGGCCAUCCUGUUGGCCGGAGCGCGCCCUCGCCAGCCUCCACACCAGCGCCUUUCACCUCCUUCCAAUCUGGCUCGCAACAACACCAGCAGCCACCCGGUCAAUCUCUUUCUUCCCCUAAAGCCAGAGCCCACACCCCGUCGUCAGGGUCACAUCUGGCUUCCACAGCGGGAUCUGUUGCGGGUGGUGGAGGCACUGGGGGAGGCGGAGGCGGGACGGGUUCUUCCAGAGGCGCUACCUUCUCUCCAUUGUUAUCCGGCAAUACUGUGAAUUCCCCUACAGGGUUCCCUCCAGAUAAAUCGGGAUCCGCGGCAUCAGGAGCGGCUCACGCAAGUCAGUCAUCGCUAGCAAAGAUCUCAAUCGCCCAGGUUUUCCUCUUACUGGAUUCUAUCACGGAGAAAGAAGGUCGAGAGAAGUGGGAGACAAAAGCCGCUCAGAUCCAUAAACUGGUUGAGUCGAACGGAAUGGAGGUCUUCUCUAAAUAUUUCCGACGCCUUCUUACAGGCAAUGCCCCCCAAAUCUUUCCAGGCGUAAAUAAAUCCGUUGAAAAUGCAGGGAACUAUCCACUCCUGGUUCAGGAGAUGCAAAAAGUGUCCCAGGAUAUAGAACAAGCACAGAAAAUCGCAGAGACUGUCGACACCUCGGACGGCGAUAUCUUCCGGGAUUUUGACCUCUCGACUUUCUUGGAUCAUUUCAAACUCGAUCCUCUCGUUAAAGUUGCGCUAGCGCUAGCGUUCAAGACUGCCAAUAAGUCAGAUCUACGAGCAAAAGCUGAUGCGAUUCUCUCGAACUCGAUAAACCCAUUUCUACAAAGCCUUGCGGCCCCGUCUGAUGUGUCGAAGGACCUCAAUAACUCCUUUAUCGGAAUGACAAUUGAACGAUUCAUAUUAUACCCUCCUCGCAACUUUACUGACGAUGUGAAGGCGAAACUGGUGUAUGCUGCCAACAUACGCUACCAAAAGCUUGCGGUGGAUAUGCCUUUCGAGGCUGCAUCUGCCCUCCAAAUGUUCAAUUUCAUAAAUCCGAGAUAUACGUUGGUACGCCAGCUUCAUUCCAAGGGACCGAAAGCGACCUCGAGCCCGGAUGCUGUGAAUGAGACAGUAGGUGCUGCUGGCCCUGAUUGCUGGAGCGAGGAACACGUCGCAAGUGCGCUUCUUUUCCUCGUUCUUUCACAGUACUGGCGAGAAUUUUCUCUGGAGACGUAUCUCGCGUCUGUUCGGGCUCAUUAUGGUGAAAAGCAACUCAACUGGUCUCUUAUUUUCCGAAAUUUCGACCGGGAGGGGUUGAGACUGGACCCUCGACAAUUCGCCAAGCUGUACGCUGUUCUUCUAGCGGUAGCCACGGAGGAUUCAACCUUGGAUAUUCAGAAGCUUUGGGGUGGGGAUUGGGAGCAUCGUGACACCCAGAUGUCUUUCCUGACAGCUUUUGUCAUCUCCCGGACCGAUGUCACCCGAAUUCCUAACCUUCGUGCCACCUUUCCCACCGACUUCUUUUCUGACGGCCCUGAAUUGGUCCGAUUGCAAGGGGAACGUGCUGCAAAGUCACCUCUGCGGUCUCUAGACGCCAUGAGGGCCAUUUUUGAUCUAGCGUUAUUUUCGCAGGCUGCAUGGGCUGCUACCGAAAGCCAGUUGCUUAUCAAAGCGGUUGUCCAGUAUGAUUUGCCUGUUUUCUUGUGCUCAGCCCUUGCCCUUCCCCAGCCAUGGAGCAGUGUACAGCAAAGCUUCGUCCUUCGGACUUUGAUUGUCUUCAUUUUGAAGCAAGAAGAGGGAUAUCAAGUCGCUCUUCACGGGGCUUGGCAUCAAGAUAGACAAUGGGUAGCCGAACAACUUUUCACCACCUUCACCCAAGACCCCACUUCAACUGCUGCGAUUUACGAACACGCUGUCGGGUAUAACUGGUUGGAUUACCUUCUUGGAUACACCAAUGGUCUUGCGAUGGAUCUCGCCUGCUACGCUCACCGCAAAGGGCCAUUUGAUCUGGAACAGUGGGUUCGGAAUGCGGCUCAGAAAGGGCCUAUGGAUAUGGGCAGUUUGCUCUCCAAAUUCCUUAGAAUUAAGGCCGAGGACGAACUUCACGUCCAGAGAAAGGAACAACCGGCUCCCCAGAUGGUCAGCCUCUCUGUAAAGACUGUCUAUACAUUGCUCUCAGUUCUGGAGGAAUACGUUGGAGAUCGUGAAAAUCUCACUCCAGUACAACGGAUUUGCAUCCAAACUUACCCUAGACUCAUUAACUACGGCGAAGGGUUUGAUGAUAUUAUUGAUGCAAAUGGAGAAAAUGGCAACGGAUUGCCCGAGCCUGUCGACAAGCAGAUGCAGGAGCUUUUCGGGAAAAUGUAUCAUGAAGAGCUGUCUUUGAGGGAAAUCCUCGAACUCAUGAGACGAUAUAAAUCAUCCCGUGAGCCAGCUGAACAAGAUCUAUUUGCUUGCAUGGUUCAUGGACUUAUUGAUGAGUAUCACUGCUACCACGAGUACCCGCUGGAGGCUCUGACAAAGACGGCCGUAAUGUUUGGUGGUAUUAUCAACUUCCGACUUGUUGAUGGUAUUACUCUGAAAGUUGGCCUAGGUAUGAUACUGGAGGCAGUGCGAGAACAUGAAGUGCAUGAUCCGAUGUACAAGUUUGGCGUGGAAGCUAUUGAGCAGUUGAUCAACCGAUUACCGGAAUGGGCAGGUUUCUGUCAUCUUCUUCUGCAGAUUCCCAGCUUACAGGGUACACCUAUUUUCCAGAAGGCGGAGGAAGUGCUGCACGAACAAGGCGGCCAGGUCCGCGAUGAUACCGGACGGGUUGAUAACAAUUCUGGUGGAUCUAUCGCGAAUGGUACCGUGGAUGAAAUAGCAACCCCAGAUGGUCCCAGCCGUAAAUUUGUUUCGAUCCAUGUUGACGCUCCUCUCCGACCGGACCUUUAUCAUGAUCCAGAUGAAGAGGUGCAGGACAAAAUAUUAUUCGUGUUGAACAAUGUAUCAGAACAGAACAUUGAUGAGAAAUUGCAAGACCUCACCGAUGUUCUACGAGACCCGCACCACCAAUGGUUUGCCUCGUACCUAGUUGAAGAACGGGCGAAAUUACAGCCUAAUUUCCAACAACUGUACCUUGACCUUCUUGACCGAAUCAACAACAGGAUGCUGUGGGCAGAGGUUCUCAGAGAAACCUACGCUAGUACGUCCAAGCUUCUUAACUCAGAGGGAACACUGAACUCCCCCCCCGAGAGAGGCCAUCUGAAAAAUCUGGGUGCCUGGCUCGGCUCCUUGACCAUUGCGAAGGACAAGCCGAUCAAGCACAAGGAUAUUUAUUUCAAAGGACUUCUUCUAGAAGGAUAUGACAGCCAGCGCUUGACGAUAGUGAUUCCCUUCACCUGCAAAGUACUGGUGCAAGCAACCAGGUCUACUGUUUUCAACCCUCCGAAUCCCUGGUUAAUGGACAUUCUUGCAUUACUGAUGGAGCUUUAUCACUUUGCGGAGCUGAAGCUUAACCUUAAGUUUGAGAUAGAGGUUCUUUGCAAAGAUCUUGACCUUGACCACAAGACUAUCGAGCCUUCCGUCAUUAUCCGAGAUCGCUCCGCACACAUCGAAGAUGCCCUUUCCACGGCCAAUAUCCCCGAUGGCCUUGAAGCUUUCGAAGAUAUGACUCUCACCAGUAUCACGCAAGGAAUGCGCAAUGAGAGACUUUCUCCUGCUGCUAUUAUGUCCACCCUCCCAAGCUUGGACAAAAUCCUUGUUUUGCCGUCAUCGGCAAGCAGCAUGGUUGAUCCUAAUAUCCUUCGUCAAAUUGUUCACACUGCUGUGGAACGUGCAAUUGCUGAGAUCAUUACGCCUGUUGUCGAGCGCUCCGUCACAAUCGCUUCGAUAUCUACCGUUCAGUUGGUCUCGAAAGACUUUUCCAUGGAGCCUGAUGAGGAGAAGGUUCGCCAUGCGGCUGGUAUUAUGGUGCGACAACUUGCUGGUAGCUUGGCCCUGGUGACAUGCAAGGAGCCCCUCAAGGUCAGCAUGACAAAUUAUAUCCGAAUGAUUCAACAAGAGUACUCCGACCAGCCAAUGCCAGAGGGACUAAUCUUGAUGUGUGUAAAUGACAACCUUGACGCUGCCUGCGGUAUCGUCGAGAAAGCAGCAGAGGAGAAAUCCCUUCCUGAAAUUGAAAAAGUCAUCGAACCACAGCUAGAAGCUCGCAGACGUCACAGGGCGACCCGGCCUAAUGAGCCAUAUAUUGAUCCAUCAAUGACUCGUUGGGGACUCUUCAUCCCCGAGCCGUAUCGCCAGACCCCAGGCGGGCUCAAUAAAGAGCAACUUGCAAUCUACGAAGAGUUUGCCCGCCAGUCUCGUGGCCCAGGAACAGCCCACGUCCAGAACGUCUCAACUGACUCUGGCCGCCAACUCCCCGACGUCCUUCAAGAACCCUAUCCCCCAAUCCCCAAUCUGUCCACUCCCGCAGAGCAACCUGCCGUCCCUCACAGAACGCCCCAGCCUCAGCAAGAUGCCCGACUGCAACAGUCUGGCCUAGUAGGAGCGUCAUCUCAACUUAAUGGGUUUCUUGAAGCACAAAACCCAAGAGAGAGAGUCGAGACUCUUGUUUCAGAUCUCCAGCAGGCAGCUCGAAAUGCCCCCGAGGAACGGGUAAGGGAUCUUGGAAGAGACAGUGCUGUUUUGCAAGAAUACAACCAGGCAUUGCGCAGCAUUCUGGCCUCCCCAAAUGGCGAAGAACUUGCUCGAUUGACGGCUCAUAAGGCAUGUGCAAGUCUCUAUGCUCAAACUCAAAGCACUCUAGAGGUUGAGGUUCUUGUGCAUCUACUCGCUAAACUAUGUGAUAUGUCCUCUCUGGUUGCGCGCUCCACUUGGUCUCUCUUGUCAGAGGUUGAGGAGGAGCAUGUGUUUAAUGUUCCAGUUACCGUUGCCCUCAUAGAUGCGGGACUUAUGGAUAUCCGCCGGGUCGAUAUGAUAUUGACCAGGCUGAUCCUACAGAAGAAUUCUGCUUCCUUGGAUGUCCUAGCUAACUUGAUGGACCGGAUCCUUUUUAACGAAGAGCCUUCUGCCUUGAGGUCCGAUUUUUCUGGAAGCCUUGAGGCCAUGAGCCAAUGGAUUGCAGAGGAUUCUGGUCUCACUACCGCCGACGAGAUUAUUCGAAAGUUGCGCGAAUCUGGAAUCCCCGAAGUUGUUAACCCACUUCUCAGCGACAAGGCGAGGGCGAAACGCGACCAGAUGGAGUAUAUCUUCAGUGAGUGGAUUGGCAUAUAUAAGGCGCCUGGUGCCGUUGAUCGCACAUAUUAUUCCUUCCUCAAGGAUAUGGACCAGAGACAGGUAAUGGAUAACCAGGAAGACUCCGCUCUCUUCUUCCGCCUCAGCAUCGAUAUCUCAGUUGCAAUGUUUGAGCAUGAGUCGCAAAAUCCCAGUGGCAGCCUUGAUGAAGCGUUCCUUUACAUCGAUGCCCUCGCUAAGUUGGUUGUUCUGCUUGUCAAAUUCGAAGGCGAGGGCACGGGCCCUGUGAAGACCAGCAAAUCGGCCUACUUUAAUUCAAUCCUAUCACUUCUGGUGCUCGUUUUGAAUCAUCACCAAGUUAUGAGGGGAGAGGCAUUUAACCAGCGUGUUUUCUUCAGACUUUUCUCGAGUAUCCUCUGUGAAUAUUCACUCAGCGGUUUACAACAGAGCGACCAGCACCAGGAGAUUAUGCUCGCUUUGGCUAACAAGUUCUUGUCUCUCCAGCCUAAAUACUGUCCUGCUUUUGUGUAUGGAUGGCUUUCAUUAGUUUCGCACCGAUUCUUCAUGUCUGGCAUGCUCAACAUGCCGGAUCGGGCAGGCUGGGGGCCUUACUGUGAAAUCAUGCAAGCUCUACUCUCUUAUAUUGGCGAGCAGCUGAAAGCAGCAAGCAUCUCAUAUGUUGCCAAGGACCUGUAUAAGGGAGUCCUUCGUAUUCUGCUGAUUUUGCAUCACGACUUCCCGGAGUUUGUGGCGGAAAACCAUUUUCAAUUUUGCAACGUUAUUCCCGCUCAUUGUGCCCAGCUCCGAAACCUGGUUUUGAGCGCUUAUCCGUCUUCCUUCCAUAAGCUUCCUGACCCAUUUAGAGAAGGGCUGAAAGUUGAGCGCCUGGAGGAAAUGCGCGAGGCACCGAGGAUUGCGGGUGACACUGCCGCACCACUGCUACGUGCCAAUAUCAAGAGCGUUAUCGAUGCCGCUCUUCAAAACAAUAAUGCCUCUGAUGUAUCUCUUCAGCAGAUAUGUGAAGCUGUUUAUGACCUAGUCAAUAAGGAGACUGGUCUCUUCUACACCCCGAUCAAUGUCGAUGUUGUUCUGCUGAACGCAUUGGUGCUCUAUAUCGGCCAAGGAGCGGUUUCCGCAAACGCAUCCAAGGGCAAUACCCGUGCAGAAUUUGAGAACUCUCCGCACUCUGCAUUAUUGGAGAAACUCGCAAAGACUCUCCGACCGGAGGCGCGAUACUACCUCCUGAGCGCGAUGGCCAACCAGCUUCGCUAUCCCAAUAGCCAUACCUACUUCUUUAGCUUUGCAAUCUUACGCCUCUUUGGAACAGAUUAUUCGGAGCAGGAUGAGUCCGAUAUUCGUCAGCAGAUUAUUCGUGUGCUAUUGGAGCGACUCAUUGUUCAUCGCCCUCACCCUUGGGGAUUGAUCAUUACCCUGCAGGAGUUGCUUCAGAAUGGAAGCUACGCGUUUUUCCACCUCCCCUUUAUUCAGGCUGCGCCUGAGAUUGGCCGUCUAUUCGACGCUCUCCUACAACACAUCCAACAGCAAAGCCCCAGGGCAAUCUCCUAAGCGAUGGACUCAUAUCCUCCACGCUAGGUUUCUUCCUUAAUGUGAUAUCUAUUCAUGCCUCGAUCUCAAUGCCCUGCAUUCUGAGGGAAUGACAUCUCAUGGUGUUCUGAAAACGCCAUUCACGACACGAAUUACUAAAACCCAAAACUCGGAGCUUAGGUGAUAUGAAUUCGUUCUUGCUCUGGUUUCUUUCUUAUUUGUUUUGCUGUAUUUACCGUCAUUUCUCGGCUGGGUUUCUGGGAGGGUAACGCAUAUUAGGACGUGGCAGCAUGUUCCCGAGCUUAUAUUCUUUUCUUUUUGUUCUUAUCAUUUUCAUUCUCAUAUUCUCUUCUCUUGGUGUCUUACCAUUUGUCACUGUAGUUGCAGUGGCCUGUAACGAUAAGCUAUAAAACGUGAUCUUAAUGAGUUUUGUGAUUCGCAG